GAAGCAUCAGAGUGAAGACAGCGGACCUCAGCUCCUUCUCUCCCCGGCCUUCCAGCCCCUCGCCCCGGGGAAGCUGAGUGCCCCCUGAGGUGACCUGCACUGGCCUGUGUGUGACCUGAGCUGGAGAAGAAGGGGGGGGGGCGAACAUGGCCGCCAAAGCAGGAGACAACCCUGAGAGCCUCAUGACUCUGGCCACCGUGUUCUGCCUGAGGAACCUCAGGAAGACCAUGUGCUACCAGGGCUUCAGGAACAAGCUGUGCCUGCGCUCGGACAUCUUCCUGCCCAGCGAGAUCUGCGACAAGCUGGUCAACACAUACAUGGAGCUGGUUCACACAGACAGUAACUUUGAACCGGAGGAGAGCUUCUUCCAGCUCUUCUCAGACCCUCGGAGCACCAGACUGACCCGGGUGCAGCUGAGAGAAGACUUCGUCCGGGACAGAGAUCUGGAGGCCAUCAGGAAACAGGACCUGAUCGAGCUCCACCUCACCUACUGCAACAGCCUGUCCUCCCGCAGCCUGAAGACACUCACCUGCUUCCGAGAGACUUUGCUGUCUCUCUGUCUUUUCGGCUGCAGCCACAUCUUCUACAGGAAGGGCGGCGCCCCACUCGCCUGCAACGAGGACUCUGAGGACGAGGAGGAGGAGAGCCCGGCGUCCAGGCAGGCGUUAGAGACGGACUUUAACUUCCAGGGGUUCAACCGUCUCCGGUUGCUGAACCUGGGCGGUCUGCCGGACGAGAUGGACGCCGAGACGCUGCUCAAACCCCUGAAGUCUCUCACCUCACUAGAUCUGUCUAAUGUACAGUUGCUGGGAACGGCGUUUCUCACCCAGUGGAAAGACAGGUUGGCGUCGCUGGUCCUCUACAACGUGGACCUGUCGGAGGAGCUGGUCAGCACCGUGGUGGAGCUGGUGAAUCUCAGGCAUUUCGACAUCUCGCGGGAGAGCCGGCGGACCUCCAAGUUCAAGAUGACACGGAAGAUUCUGACGGCGUUGGUCCAGCGUCUGGUCAACCUGGUGUCACUGGACAUCUCAGGCCACAUCAUGCAGGACAACUGCACAGUCCCUCACUUUGAAGAAGCCAUGGGGCGACCGAGCAUCGAGCCGUGCAAGAGCAGCAUCUACCCGUUCCAGGAGCUGAAGAGGCCGCUGCAGUUCCUGGGUCUUUACGACACGACCCUGUGUAACGUCACUCACAUCCCGGCGUACAAGGUGACUGGAUCAAAGAAUGAAGACCAGGUCCUGAAUGCGAUCGAAGCGUACACAGAGUUCCGUCCUGAACUCGCCCACAGAGCCAUCAACCAGCUGUUUGACAUCGCCAGGAUACAACACUGCAGUCAGCUGCUCCGCGCGUUGCAACUCGUCAUCGCAGCGUUGAAAUGCCACAAAUACGAUAAGAGCAUCCAGGUGACGGGCAGCGCCGCUCUGUUCUACCUGACCAACACGGAGUACCGCAGCGACCAGAGCGUGCGGUUACGCCGAGAGGUCAUUCAGGUGGUGCUGAAUGGAAUGGAGCAGUACCAGGAGGUCACUGUCCAGAGGAACUGCUGCUUGACUCUGUGCAACUUCAGCAUCCCUGAGGAGCUGGAGUUCCAGUACAGUCGGGUCAACCAGCUGCUGCUGAAGAUCCUGGAGCCGGCCCGGCAGGACGAGUCCAUCCAGAGAAUCGCUGUGCACCUGUGCAACGCUUUGGUCUGUCAGGUGGACAACCAUCACAAGGAGGCUGUGGGCAAGAUGGGCUUCGUUAAGACCAUGUUAAAUUUAAUUCAGAAGAAGCUACAAGACAGGACGUGUGACCAGGUGAUGGAGUUCUCCUGGAGCGCUCUGUGGAACAUCACAGACGAGACGCCGGACAACUGUCAGAUGUUCCUCAACUGUCGGGGGAUGAGUCUCUUUCUGGAGUGUCUUCAGGAGUUUCCAGACAAGCAGGAGCUUCACCGCAACAUGCUGGGGCUCCUGGGGAAUGUGGCUGAGGUCAAAGCCUUGAGGCCUCAGCUGCUCACCCCCCAGUUCAUCACCGUGUUCAGUAACCUUCUGGACAGUAAGGCCGACGGGAUCGAGGUGUCGUAUAAUGCCUGUGGCGUGCUCUCACACAUCAUGUUCGAUGGGCCGGAGGUUUGGUCGAUGGAGGAACCGCUGAGAGACACGGUGAUGGACAAGAUGAUGGACGCCAUCCAGAGCUGGGACGUCAGCUCACGGCGCAACAUCAACUACAGGUCGUUCGAGCCGAUCCUGCGGCUGCUGCCCCAGGGCAUCGCUCCGGUCAGCCAGCACUGGGCCACCUGGGCUCUGUUCAACCUGGUGUCUGUUUACCCGGGCAAGUAUUGUCCUCUGCUGAUUAAAGAAGGAGGAAUCAUUCUUCUGGAGAAAGUUCUGGAACUGGACAGCUCACAUCCAGAGACCAAGGACAUGGCCAGGAAAGUGAUGGAGCAGUGUGAAACCUUCAAGGACGACCCCAUGGAAACAAACCAGGGACAGGAGGUAAACUUCGGACAAAGAGGUUGACGCCACAGCAGCAAUCGAUGAAAGCGACCUCCGGCCCCGCCGACCGCCAUCAUCACGAGGGUCGAUCGUGUGCAUUAUUCUUACUCUUAUCAUUCUUAUUAUUUUCUAGAGCAGAUCUGUCUCUGAGCUGCCGCAGCAGUUUGGACAGAACCUUAGUAUCUGACACGUAGGACAGCAGACGUGGUGCAUGGUGUUUUGUUGUGAGGUUGCUUACCUGCUGCACAUGAGCAUCUCUUUUGGGUCUGUGGGGGUGGGUGACUCAGUGUCCUGUGUGUGUGUGUGCGUGUGUGUGUGCGUGUGCGUGUCACAGACUUAGCGACGGAACAGAACAGUUGGAGUGAUGCUUGAUUCUCAGUGGAAGGAAACUCCCUCCCUCCUCAGCUCACUGCCUUUAAGGCCUCGUUGGCUCCUCCCACUUCUCAUGCUCGACACAUGUACAGUGAAUAUUAGCCAUGAUGUGUGUAGACUGCAGAGAAGAGUCACACCGAUGUUUGAUGUGACGGGAGACUUUCCCGACCUCGUGGCACAACGAUGGACUUCUUUGUUAAAUAUGUAAAUAUCCUGUUUGUCUCAUCCUUUUAUUGUGCGUAUGUUUUAUAAUAUAACUGUAAACACUCAUGACUUUUCUCUAUAUUUAAAUCUCUAGGUUUGACUGAUGUGUGGUCAGUGACCAGAAACUAUUCACAGAAAAAAAUCUGUCAUUCAGGUUUUGUGUAGAAAACCUGGACCUUUGUUCUUUAAAGGAUCAUUUAGAUUCAAGCUACAUCCACAAGACUACGUUUUCAUUUUGAAACCAUCACAGUCUGAACCACUGCAGAGUUUUUCAGCUUCUAAAUCAGACGCUUGUGUAAACGCUGCUGCUUGUUUUAAUCGGUUUGUGUUUUAAUCUGAACAGAAACUGAGACUUUAGUAAACGAUGACGCAGACGUUCUCUUCCUGAUUGGUUCUCAUCAGUCACAUGACUCGACUACCAGCGGUGGACACGAAGCGUCGUCAAAUCUACUUCCUGCUUACACCACAUGACCAGUGGACGUGAACGGUCAUGUGACGUGUUUUCAGGAUGUUAGUUUGAGGCGUUAAUGAUACGGAGCUAAAGAUGGAGCUGGAGUGAACAGAGCCUGUUUAAGUUAUACAAUGAAAACGUUUGUGUUGUGGAUGUAGCCUCUGGUCGACUGUUGUGUUGGAGUUAUCUGGCACGGUCACCUGAUUCCCAUCAGUCCUCACUGGAGACAGUUCUGAGCCUAAAGCACCCACAGAGAAUAACUCUAUACGGCCAAAAGGAUGAGGACACUUACACAAGGACACAAGGCGCUUGAUUUGCCCAGACUCCAACGUGAUGUGAAUUACAUGCGACUCCUUCAGGAGAGUGACUCUGACUGCGAUGGUUCCUGAUCAUCACCUGAACCGAUUUACUGUCACAGUCGUAACAUGUUCAACUCUGGGUCGCUGCAGCAGAGCUAUCGUGUUGUUUGUAAUUUUAUUCAACAGUCUUCUUUCCUGUCAUUACCUGCAACUACAUUACCCACAAUUCAAUUCGGCCACAGACGGUUCAUUGAGGGAUGAAGGUGUGUCGUGCCAGCAGCAGCCGAUGUAUCGUGUUCUUUCAAGCUUUGUUUCCUGUCCACACACUUUAGGCAAUAUAGAUUCUGAGGUUGUUUAACCAUUCAGACGACAUCUUGAAUCUGAAAGCAGCGCCAAUUAUUCCGCCCCUCCGUAACUCACCAGUGCCUCCGGUGGUCAGGUUCUGUGCCAGAUAACGACAGGGACGAAGUUGAGGGAAACGAUUGUUUUAAGGACGUCUGAUGAGCCCUCGUGUUUCCUGGGGUCAACAUGCUGCUACGUUACUGCUUCACUGCGAUCAAACUCUUUUCUCUUGAAAGCUGAUCGGAGAAAAAAGACGUGGUGCGUUCACAUCUAUGUUAAAAUAUUUGAAACUGGAAAGAUGUGUUCAAGAAGUCUCAGAAAUUAAAACGUCAUCCUCACAGGAAUCUGAACUGAACACUAUCGCAGUUCUCACCUUGAACUUGUUCUCACUUAACUCGACUCCGUGUUAAACCAAAAUCUGAGUCUGAGUUGAUUUACUCCAUUCGUGACCUUACAGGCACCUGUAGCUUCGACUCUCAGUGGAACGUUAAAGUAGACGUGGGUUUUUUUGUGUUUCUUUCCUCUCGUGUGUUAUGAAGAUUUUUGGUGAAUGUAGAAGUUCUGCAAAGUUUAAAAGCCCAAAGUCUGUGGCCAAGCGAGUUCCUCUCCUGCACAGGAAGCACUGACGCUCCUGAAACAGCUCGUUAGUACCGAUACUUCCUCAUCAUGGUGAUGUCACGAUGCCACACAUCUGCAUAAUCCUCGUCUGGCGUCUAGCCUCCUCGUCAGUCGUCUGGACGAUAGUUAAAAACAACCGACACGUUUCCCUCAGUCAGGCAGAAGAGAGGAGCAGCUGACCAAUCAGAGCAGACUUUAUCAGGAGGAGGGUCUUAAAGAGACAGGAGCUAAAACCAAGUGUCCGAGGAAAGUGAUGUUUUUUGAACAUUAGAGUAUGAAAACAUUUUGCAGUCAUAACACUAAUUAAAAUCCUCAACCUGAAGAUGAAUAUUUCUCCUUUAACUAUAUCAACAGAAUAGGAAUCUAUGUGGGCAGGUUCUGGUCUCAUUUAUCUUUUGCGAUGGAUUAAUGGAUAAAGGAAAAUUGAAUCUGUUUAUUGUACUGAAUUCUUCCUGUGUUGGCUUGGGCAACAAUUGACUAUUUCCAUUAUUCAUCCAUUUUAUAUUUAUAUUUUAUGAAAAAUGGUAAGCUGUGAACAGUUCCUAAGUUUUAGGUCCGAGCUGUUUCUUGGUUCCAGUUUGACUCGGCCCCCCCCAGGACGGGAGGCGGAGCCAGAGGAGAAGGAACACACAUGCAAUGACGGUUAUUUUCUCCUGCAGCUGGUUUAGUUGAAUCAGGUCUGACAAAUUAAACAAUGGUUUCUAAUAACACCACAGUGUGUCGCUCAGUGACUUUAGAUAAAGAUGGACGACACAUUGCCACUUCCUCCCCACUGUUCAUAAAUGAAGACAGCUGUGAUUAAAUAACUGGUUCAAACCAAACUGAUCAGAAACACCUGAACAAACAUCGGUGGGAUUAGAACGACCUGAAAUGACAGAAACAUCUUUACAAACAUUUAUGUAAAGUCUAUUUUGAUUCUUCAGUUUGGUCCGUGUCCCAUCUGCUAACAUGGAGGUUAAAGAUGCUUACUGCAGUCAGCCACCAGGGGGAAGGAGAUGGUUUGGCUUCACAGUUACAGUCGUCCAUCUUUAUUUACGCUCAGCUCCAGCCUAUUUACAGUUUGUCGAUGCUGAACAGAUUUUUGGAUUUUACUUCUCAGAUCGCUCACAUUUGGUUUUAUUCACUGAGCUGAUUUCCUUGUCACGUGCAGUUUAUUGGGAUCUGAUCGGUACAGUCGUGUUUUUGUUUCUAUUUUCACUAACGUUCACGUGGACAUAAGCUUGAUCACAGACGAAAUGUUUCUGUCAGGAAUUCAAUUGAGGUCCAAACUAAAUGUGAGUUGGUAGCGACACAGUGUUUGAUCUAAGGUGCUUGAGGUGGAACGUGGAUUUAUCUUCAGCCUCCAUCACUCAUCGGACUUCUUCGUUUCCACGAAUGCUUCCCAUGAAGAAACACAUUGUGGCGGCAGGUAGCUACUGUGGGUUGUUGACUGUUCCUGAUUAUUUAUAAAGAUGUAUGUGCUGAAAUUUAAAAAAGAAAUGAUGAGAAACUGCUGUGUCACGAACUGAUUUCACGUUUCUGAAGUGUGUUGACACUCUGUCAUUGGUUUCUUUUGUAAUUGUAAUCCAAAUCUGAGUGAGGAACAUUGAUCCGAACUGUGUGGAGUUUUUCCUGAUCUGAAUAUUACCAGGCCGUUAGUGUAAAGGAAAGUAAGCAAUAAAGAUGGAGUGGGAAAGAG